AUGCCAAAGCAAGAUAAGGGAGGUUCCUGUCGCCUAGAAGCAUUUAAGUUCUGUUACUAUCAUUCAACAAAUGUUUGCUCCUUUUAUUUCAUCGAAUAUUCCCUCUCAGAAAGAAGAAAAAAAAAUUGCUUCAAAAGUGAAGUAGCAGACAAGAGUUUAGUUUCAAAAAUGAGCGAUGUAUAUGAUCUUUGCAUUAUUGGUGCAGGCAUGUUUGGAUCAGCUGCAGCACGACAUGCUUCAGCUAAUCCUUCCUGCAAAGUAUGCCUCGUUGGACCAAAUGAACCUACAGAUGAAGAAAGAGCCGAUAGAGAAAUUUUCAGCUGCCAUUACGAUGAAGGAAGAAUUACUAGAGUAAUCGACAGCAAUCCAGCUUAUGAAAUUCUAAGCAAAAAGUCUAUUAAAUCUUACCGAGAGAUAGAAGAAUUAUCAGGCAUAGAAUUCUAUUCACCUGUUGGACUUUUGUGCAUUGGGGAGAAAAAAGGCACAUAUCUGGAAAAGCUCAAACAAGCAGCUAGCGUAUGUGAUGUUCCAUUGGUUGAUCUUUCCUAUUCAAAUAUAUUUCACAAAAGGUAUCCUUACAUCAAGCUUAAGCCUGAUGAUUGUGCAAUACUUGAAGAUGCAGGUGCUGGUUAUAUUAGUGCAAGGAACUUAGUAGCUGCUCAAAAGAAAGUGGCCAAAAUGCAAGGCUGCCACAUCAUAUCAGAGGUUGUUAAGGAGGUUCAAGAGCUUCAUGAAAAGCAUGGAUUGCAUUUAACGAUAACAGAAGGUGGAAGAAAAAUUUUCUCCAAAAGAAUCUUGAUCUGCACUGGAGCCUUUACGAAUUUUAAGAAUUUCAUGCCCCUACCUAAGCUGAAAAUUAAUGCAUUAAAGGAAACAGUGGCAUUUCUGGAAAUAUCCAAACUUCAAGCGGAUAUUAUAAGUUCUAUGCCAAGCAUUAUCUGCAUGAGAGAAAGCGACCCGAUGGGAUCCUAUACCUUACCCGCAAUAAAAUAUCCAGACGGAAAAUAUUACCUGAAAAUCGGGCAUUCAGAGUUUACUAAAAGUGGGUCUCUCGAAGCAUUGUCGGAAAUAACACAAUGGUAUUUGUCAAAAGGUGACCAGAAAAAAGUGCAAUACCUUUCCAAAGCGUUGAGAGAGAUGCUUCCAGAUGUGAAGGUGGAAAGCAUCAGCAGUAUGACAUGCGUCACAACUGAAACGCCAUCAGGUCUUCCCUACAUCGAUCGAGUGACACCAACAGUGACGGUUGCAGUUGCUGGCAAUGGAGUUGGAGCAAAACUAUCUGAAGAAGUUGGAAGAAUUGCAGCUACUUUAAGUUUGACUGGAAGAUGGGACUCUGAGUUGGAAAGAUCUCAGUUUAAAAUAAUUAAGGAUGAAAAUUAAAAAUAAACUUAUCCAUUGUAUUGUGGAAAUAUGUUAUGCUGUUUUGAAAAUGACAUUUUAUGUACCGUACAAUAAAAAGAAAUCA